ACGCACCCUCAAAACAAACGAACGGCGUCGUUUGAACCGCCGUCGCCAUCAUGAAUUGUGUUUACCCGCCAUAACGACAUUUUCAGCAAGCGUGCCUAGGCUUUGUGUGUUUUCCGUGUUGUGUCCCAAAUUUGUGGCGUUUGUGACAGUGAAUGUUGUUCUGGCGCGACGACCGUCUCGUCCUGGCGCCGCCAUGCACAAUACAAGUCGACUGGAGCGCGAGCCAGGAACGGCAGAGACUGAGAAUAUGCUAGACGUGAGUGUGCACACGGUGAGUUCGACCGGUGAUGACGGUGCCGACAUGGAGGAGGACUUGGAUUCCACGGUGGACACAUCCAACUGGCUGGACAGCCCAGGCCGCGGCCCCUACCCGCUGCCCAGGAAGCUGGACUUCUCCCACAGCUCGGUGGACUCGUCCCCCGAGGCCAUGUCCUCGCCCACCUUCUCCCUGCUGAACCACAGCACGGCGCCGGACUGCGGCACCGAUUCGCCGCCCUACAAGCGGGUCAAGUCGCUGCGGCUCAUGGACUCGCCCGCCACGCCCAAGACCAUCUUGGAGAAGAGCUCUGCUCCGUUUACGCCCCUGCCGCCGGGCCAUGGACCGUCAGCAUCGCUAGGGCUCGGGCUGGCUGCAGCGGCCGCCCCCAGCGCUAGGGGCCGCCUGUUGCCGCUGCUCGACAGGGACUGGGAUAGGAACAAGUCCAGAACGUCGUCCUCCUCCAGUUCCAGCCUCGUCAGCCUCGCCCCUCCUGACAAACUGGCCGUCAACCUGAACCCCUUCACCCCCACAGGGAUGAUCCUUACAUCAAAGAAGAGGUGUCGAGCCCUCAUGAACCAAAGCGGGUCACCUCCAGGCACAGUUGUUCCAACUGUCCCUCCAACUAUCCCAAGUAUCAAGGUGUCUUUGGCGUCCCAGUUUGAUGAAGCGGACAUGGAUGUUGACCCACCAACAAAGAAGUUAGCACUGAGUGAUGCUAACAUACCACGCUAUAAUUUGGAAUUUAUUGAGGACGAAUUGCUUGGCACAGGAGAGUUCGGCAGUGUUUAUAAAUGCACUAAAAGGCUAGAUGGCAUUGAAUAUGCUGUGAAGAAGAGCAUUCGCCCAGUCACAGGCAGCAGUAAAGAGAAAGUUGCCUUAAAUGAAGUGUAUGCUCAUGCAGUACUUGGCAAACAUCCCCAUGUAGUCAAGUACUUCUCAGCAUGGGCUGAAGAUAACCACAUGAUCAUCCAGAAUGAAUACUGCAAUGGAGGCAGUUUGGCCCAAGCCAUUGAGAAGCAUAAGGAGAAUGGCACACGGUUUACAGAACAAGAGCUGCGCCAAAUGUUGCGACACAUAGGGGAGGGCCUGCGGUAUAUCCAUUCCAUGAAACUAGUUCACAUGGAUAUAAAACCUGGUAAUAUUUUCUUAAGCAGAGAGCAGAGAUUGCUUUCAGUUGGGUAUGACUCUGCAGAUGACACUACAGAAGAAGAUGAUAAAGUGGAGGAAGUUACUUAUAAAAUUGGUGAUCUGGGGCAUGUUACAUCUAUCACUAAUCCUCAAGUUGAAGAAGGAGAUUGUCGAUACUUAUCCCCAGAAAUUUUGCAAGAGAAUUUUGAGCACCUACCAAAAGCUGACAUUUUUGCAUUAGGAUUGACCAUGCUAGAAGCUGCUGGUGCUGGUCCUCUUCCCAAAAAUGGACCACAAUGGCAUGAACUGAGAGAAGGCAAAUUGCCAGAGCUAUCUCAUUAUUGUCAUGACUUCAGGCAGCUGUUGACAGAAAUGAUAGAUCCCAAUCCUGAACGGAGACCAACAGCCUUCAGUAUGCUGACCCACAGAUUUGUGAGUCCCUUAGGUAAUUUAAGCAAGGCUCAAUUACAAAGAGAGCUGAAUGCAGAGAGAUUGAAAAACGUGUUGCUUACACGGAGACUAGAAGAUAUGACAAAAUGCAUCAACAAUUUUGCCCCUCACAUCAUGGGAAAGCAGCAGCAGCAACAUCAUGAAUUGUUAAAUGUUGGGAAAAGGAUGAACACAAGGGGGUCCAGAUUAAUUGGGAGGAAUGCUAUCAGAUCACAAAGUGCUUCAAAUCUGUGAAGGGGGUGCCUUGCAAUUGUAUUCAUUGUGAGUUUGUUCACCAGAUUAUGCACUCCGUACUUUUGAAGGGACAAGUGGUUGAUGGUUAUCUUAUCAUACUGGUGUUUAGCUAAAUCUUUGAACAGACUCAAGUGAAAGAUUAUCCUUUAACAAAAUAUUAAGAAAUCCUUGAAAGUAAAUCCGCCUUUCCCAUUGGCUGUAAAGCAAUAUUUUUAAUGUUUAACUACUUUUCAAAGUUUUAAAAGAAUUUUAUGACGUAAACUGUUUCAGGUUUCAGGCUGUUCUAUGUGACAUUUGAAACUAAAAAUUAAAAUGUAAUUCUGUGCCUUUUUGUUUUUUAAACAAAAAAUUGUGAAUUUAUAUUGCAAUGUUUUGGUGUUGCGUUUGGUAUUUAAAUGGGUUCAUUUUUUAUAUGGCACUGGAUUUUCAAGUAUGAACUCUCUUUUUAAUUUUAGACAUUUUCCCAGUGAAUUUUACAUGUUUCAUAUUUUUGUUGGCUUUAGCAGUUCAGGGCAUAGUACUGUCACAUUUUGUUACAAAUGCAUAUAUUUGCUAUUGUUUUUAACUGUUUGGAAUACUAUGGACCAAAUUAGUCAUUCAGUCAUUGCUUGUUGCAUUUGAGUACAUUCCAUUUUAUUGUAUAAAUUUAUUCGAUGAGCUUCUUGGUAGUCUAACUUUUGUAACCCCAGAAAGAAUGAGUCUAAUAUUUAUUUGUGGUAAACAUAGGGUAUGUAUGUGCUGUGAAAAACCAUUUAGAAUUUAGUUUUGAUUAAAGAGGUGAUACUAUGCAGUGAGCCUAAGUAAAAGUAUGGUUUGUGAUCGUAUGUUAAGGGUUAUGGGGAGCACUUGGGGUUUCCUGCUUAUUUUAUUUUAAGUGAUAGUGGGCUUUGUUUAGUUGUCCUUAAAGGAUUUUUUUUUGUAAGGCUGAUUUGUAGAUGUAUGCUUUGGCAGUUAUAAUUAUAGAGUAUAGUCAUUUUUCGGGUGAAAGCCUUUCCCACUGUUUCUGUGUGUACUCCUGGGAUUUUAGUGUACCUUAAACAGUGGCAUUUGCUUUCCUUCAUAUAGGUGUCAUGUAGUUUUUAACAUAGACUCUUCCAAUCUAACUGCUAUAAUAAUAACAGAAUGAUGGUACUAAUUAUUGUUUUGAACAGUAGAUGCAUUGACCACUGCUGUAGAGUGUGCUAACUUAACUUUUCAAUUAAUGUCAAUUAACAUUAGUUAAACUUAUAGAUAGCACUUUCUGCACUGUGUGGUCUUUUAUGGCACUUCAUUGUUUUAUGCCAAAUGUGCCUUUUUAAGUGUUUUGUAGUAUCCACAACCUAUUUGUCUGACACUCUGUUUCUGUAGUAGGGCAAGGUUUGUUAAAUUGUGCAUUGGUCUAUUUCUGUGAAACCUAACUCUUAUAUUAAGAUGCAAUUUUCUGUAUUGACGUCACAUAGGAGUAGAGAUAGUAUCAAGAUCCCUUCUUUGAAAUUUUUGCUGGGAUGGGGGAGGGUUUAUGCCCUCAUGCUUUGAAUUUUCAAAUAAUGGGUCUUAUUGCUGUUAGCACCUAAUUAUUGUGUGGUAUUACAUGAAAUGCUGAUUAGUCAAUGAAAGCCAAAUUACCUCAAGUGCGCAUUAAAUGCCACUGAUCGGUCUUUAUCAUCAUGAAUCAUCUGAGGAUAUAUUCAAUCACAGACGUUAACUUGAUUUUCCUCAAUCUUGUUCUUUUUGCUAAUUACUUAUGAACAAAUAGAGGAAAGUUGUAAUAAAGCUUGUUUUUCCAAAUGGGUGACUUGCUCUAGCUUGUGAAGCCAAUAAGAAUAACUUGUGAUGAAAUACUCAUUCUUACGUAAGCUGAGAGCAGUACUGUUUAUCAGGCCCAAUAAUGCUAUUAAAAUUGCUCUGAACUAUAAAAAUCACAUCCAUUGCAACCAAUUACUAAAGUUGCUGGCUGUUGUUCCUAUGUAUAUUUAACAUCAGUCUGGAACUUAAAUCUUAAGCGUCCUUAUAGAACAAUGGAAAAUUGUCACAAUUAUGAAGUAUUUUCAAUCUGUAAAUUGAUGUGUACUAUCAAAAUGUAUGUAUGUGAUUAAUAAAAUUGUUGUGUAUUAA